ACGGAAGUACAAAGUGAAAGUUCGGUCCCUGUUCCCUCCGUUGUCUGUGUUGUUUACUUUGGGCUGUUGUGAGGAAGGUUUAUGGGAAGAAACACACACACACACGUACAAAAAUAACCGAUACUCCGGACAAUAUUGGUGUCGAGAAUGGUACAAAGAUACACAUGCGGAGAUUGAAAUGGAAAAAUGUGUCAGUCAGGUGUAAAUAGGCGGGAAGUGACCCUUGGAAGCUAGGAGAGAAGUAGCAGUUAGUUAACAGAGACGCUUAGGCUCAAUGUUGACUUGGCGCUUAAGUUCUUCCUUCUGCUUGUGUUAACGCCUCGGCCCUUCCCUCCCACGCUUGAGGAGGAGGGCGUCACCACCUGUCACAAUCAUCCGCCUGUUGCGCGUAUAGGAGAGAAUUGGUUGUUUUCCUAUUGUUAAGGCGAGUGAGGUGCCUCCCCUCUCCCUCCUCUGUGACAUCUCUAGAGUGUCUGGACCGGUACAAGACGAGGGUCUUCUUGGCUGAUUGCUGCAAACUGGAUCAGUGAACCACCUCUUGGACAAAUUUUUGUGCAUAUUCGAAUUGGUACAGUGUGGUGGUGUUAAGUGAUGAAGUUUAGGAUAUCAGGGAAAAGAAAUCUGUGAAUGCAAUAAAAAAUUAAAAUCAGCAUAAUCCAGACAUUGUGGCAGUAGUACCAAAAGCUCAUCACACACCAAAUACUGGACUAAAGUGGAUAAAAGAGCAGCUUGCAGGCCUCCUGGAGUGCGUAAGGAGCAGUGGGCAGGACUCUUGCCCUCGUCUCCCACCCCUCUAAUGGCCAACCCUCAGGAUGCCUGCUACCUCUCUCUGCUGGCUCUGGCUGAGCGGUUCCGCACCCAGGAGCCGGCCAACAUUAAGAGCUGCGUGCAGUGUUUGCAGGCAGUGCUGACCUUUCGCCCACCCCCAAAGGUAGAGGCACGCACCCACCUGCAGCUAGCAACUCUGCUCACCCAACACACCACCAACACACAGCUGGCACGGGACCACCUCCAGCAAGCAUGGUCACUGUCCAUGAGCAUUGUUGGAUUUGAUGAUGUGCGCUUUGAGGCAGCGAGUGAGCUGGCCAAGCUGUACGAGCAGACUGGCAGCACUCCAAAUGCCAAGGGUGUGCUGCAGCGUGCCAUUGAGCUCUCCAGACAGAGUGUUUUCUGGCAUUGCAGGCUCAUCUUCCAGCUAGCGCAACUUGCUGUGACAGAGAUGGACUACACUUCUGCAGGGAGUCUGCUGCAGAAGGGCCUUGAGUAUUGUCUCAUCCAGGGCAUUGCCUACAACCAGAUCCUGUUUCUGCUGAGCAAAAUCAUGGUCAUGCUCCUGGAGGGCCGUGGGGCUGUUGAGAUUCAGGCGCUGCUGACUCAAGCCAACCAGAGCGUGGAGCAGUACAACGGAGCACAGGGACAGAAGGAACACCUCAGGGUGUUCUAUUUGGUGCUGCUGGUGUGCCACAACCUGAACAGUGGCCAGGUGAAGAGUGUCAAGCCAGCACUCAAACAGCUGCAGCAGUCCAUCCAGAACAUUACUCAGCUCUCAGAACAAGAGGUGAUACCCAGCAGCAGUAGUGAGAUGUUUGCCUGGUUGCCCCGAGAACAGCUGUGUGUGUUGGUGUACCUGGUGUCGGUGAUGCACUCCAUGCAGGCCGGAUACAUGGAAAAGGCCCAGAAGUACACUGACAAGGCUCUGCUGCAGAUAGAUAAGCUCAAAGCGGAAGAGAACACCACCAUCCUGAGCUCCCUGCAGCUCCUCCUCCUGGAACACAGCAUCAUGUGCCAUCUCAUCAUGGGCUCCAAGGCACAGGCCAUCAAGGAGAUUGCCAAAGUGUGUCGGCUACUGCAGCACGACAGUCGCCAGCUGCAGGCUCAUCGUGCACAGCUACACACAUUGCUGGCCGUGUAUGCCAUGAGCAUGAAUCUCUCCACUGCUGCCGAGGUCCAGUUCAAUGCAGCGCUAAGGACCUCCAGCAAUCGAGACCUAUGGAUCUUUGCCAACUUGAAUCUUGCUGUUGUUUACCUCCGGUGUCAACGAGAGAGAGACUUUGCUGCCAUCAUGGACCGCAUCAACCCUGACACACUCCCCACACAGUCCCAGAGUCUUCGAGCUGCUUCCUUUUAUGUGCAGGGCCUCCACGCAUUCUUCACCAACAGGCACAAUGAUGGAAAACGAUUUCUAAGGGAGUCCCUCAAGAUGGCCAAUGCAGAAGACCUGAACCGCCUCACAUCCUGUUCCCUGGUGCUGCUGGGACACAUCUUCCUGGCACUAGGCAACCCGCGGGAAGCCCUCAACAUGGUGACACCAGCCAUGCAGCUUGCCUCAAAGAUUCCAGACCUCCACCUGCAACUGUGGUCCUCAGCUAUACUGAAGGACCUGUACCGUCAGUUUGGAGAUGCACCCCAUGAGCAGGAGAGCACUCACAACCACUACAACUUCUCCCAGACACUGCUCACUGACCAUCUGGCAGCAACACAGCUUCCAGAACAUCAGCUGAUUAUGUGGACAGAUGGUCCCUUUCCACCCCUUGUCACUGACAAGCCAUAGAAAGGUGAGUGCCACAGUGCGUUGCCAGUAGCAUCCGAACUACGGCAGCAACACCAACAGCAGUAACUGCCCACCAGCCAGCUCCUCUCCCCCAUUUAUCUCAGUGAUACUUGUACCCACUCCAGCACCUGUGGAGCAAUCAGACCAAGGAGACCUCUUAAUUUUGCCAUCUUUGUACUUGCACUUUUUGUAAGAUUGGUGAAAUGCCUAUUUUGUUUGCUGAUAAUUGUGGUAAUUGGCCUUAUCAGUGUUUAUGUAUGUGCAAAAUUACUUUCCUAAGCCCCCUAUCCUCUAUAUGACAAUGAGCCUCUGGAGUAUGUUAAGAGUGGACCACAUAACAUAAAUUGCCUUUUGGAGUUUUAGGCACUCCUUCACAUACUAGUGUUUGUGCAUUCAUGUUACAAAUUGAUGUCACAAUUUUUGCAAUUCUUAUUCUCAUAGCAGCAUUUGGUACGUACAUGAUUCCCAACAAGUCCAUUCUCCUAGCAAGAUCUAUGAGUAUAAAUAUGAAAUGCUACUGAAUCUAUUGUUGCCUGAAAAAAAACCAGGCACUUAAUAGUAAUAAUAAUAAUAAUAAUAAUAAUAAUAAUAAUAAUAAUAAUAAUAAAAAAUAUUAAUCA